GAUAUGGCGCCGCGUGUGAGUAGAAAACUAAGAGUGAAAAUAUCCUGUCAGUCUUAGAAUGAAUGAAAAACAUUAAGCGGAAGGUUUAAUUUAUGGCGUCGUGAGGUUCCCAAAUCUUCUUAACUGGAAGCCGAUGGUGUGGUAAUACUGCGAUCAGUCCAGAAUGAGCUCUAAAGUUAAGGUGGCUGUUCGUGUCAGGCCAUUUAAUCGGCGAGAGAUCGAUUUGGGAACAAAAUGCGUGGUAGAUAUGGACGAUACGCAAACGAUAUUGUUUUCAUCGGCCUCGAGAGACAGGAAGAACACAAAGACUUUUGCAUUUGAUCACUGCUUUUGGUCAAUGGAAGAAAGUAACAACAAAUAUGCAAGCCAAGAAAAAGUUUACAAGUGUCUUGGUGCAGAUGUUUUGGAGAAUUCCUUUGAGGGUUACAAUGCCUGUAUUUUUGCUUAUGGACAAACAGGAUCAGGAAAGACAUACACCAUGAUGGGAAGCCAGAACCAGACAGGCCUGAUUCCCAGACUGUGUAAUGAACUGUUUGAUCGGAUUUCAAGUAAUGAAGAUGAGAACAUCACAUACAAAGUGGAAGUCUCCUAUAUUGAGAUCUAUAAUGAGAAAGUCAGAGAUUUGUUGUGCCCCAGAGGAAACCAAGCAACACUAAGAGUGCGAGAACACAAGAUUUUAGGGCCAUAUGUUGAAGGACUCACAAAGCUUGUUGUGUCAUCCUUCAAGGAUAUUGAGAAUCUAAUGAUUGAAGGAAACAAGUCCAGAACUGUUGCUGCUACCAACAUGAACACAGAGAGCAGCAGAUCACAUGCAGUGUUCAACAUUGUGCUCACAAGAUCCGAGUACGAUAAAGAAACAGAGUCUAUUGGUGAAAAAGUGAGCAAACUAAGUCUUGUAGACUUGGCAGGCAGUGAAAGGGCCAGUAAGAGUGGGGCUGAGGGAGAGAGACUUAAAGAGGGCAGUAACAUCAACAGAUCCCUGGUUACUCUGGGUCAAGUUAUUUCAAGUCUCGCUGAGUCUGGAGGUAAAGGAAAGAAGGCUCUUCAUGUGCCAUACAGAGAUUCAGUUCUUACUUGGCUAUUAAAGGACAACCUUGGUGGCAAUAGUAAGACAGUGAUGGUGGCCACAGUAAGUCCUGCUGCAGAUAAUUAUGAGGAGACCCUCUCUACAUUAAGAUAUGCUGACAGAGCAAAACGUAUUGUUAACCAUGCUGUGGUGAAUGAAGAUCCAAAUGCAAAGAUUAUCCGUGAAUUGCGUGAGGAAGUUGACCGUCUUAAGAGAAUGCUUGCAGCUAAAAUUGCUGGGAAGUCGCACAUUGUUGAACCUGGAGAGACCACCAUUGAGAUUAAAGAAAUGUUGUCUGAGAGUGAGAAGUUGAUGAGUGAGUGUACAAUGACAUGGGAACAGAAGGAGAAACAGACAGAAAAAAUUCAGCAGGAAAGACACAAGGCUCUUGAAGAGAUGGGAAUCUCAGUGCAAUCAUCAGGAAUUGCAGUGGAAAAGUCCAAGUUCUAUCUGGUCAAUUUGAAUGCUGAUCCCUCAAUGAAUGAACUGCUUGUUUACUAUUUAAAGGAACAUACUAUUGUUGGAAGACCCGAUGCCACACAUGCCCCAGAUAUUCAACUGGGCGGGCUUGGAAUAUUACAGGAGCAUUGUCAGCUUGAUAUAGAGGGCAAUGAAGUGUAUGUUACACCGCUAGCCAAAACAGGCACGUGUGUUAACGGAAGACUUGUGGAAGAGAAGACGCAGCUCAAACAUGGAGAUCGUAUUCUGUGGGGGAACAACCAUUACUUCAGAAUAAACUGUCCCCGUCUACCAGGAAGUGAACAGCAAGUGGAACAAACGGUUGAUUUUCAAUUUGCCCAGACGGAGUUGAUGAUGAAUGAAAUGAGCGCAGGGCCCCUCAAGGAAUCUGUCAAAGCUCUUGAAGAGCAAUAUAAAGCUGAAAAACAAGGAGCCUUAGACAGGCAACGUCAAAUGUACGAAGAAAAGAUUGAGGAAUUACGAAACCAAAUGGUUCCAAUGGGGCGGCAGAGUAUGGGAGAGCGUACAGUCAGCAUCAGCUCUUUUAGUUCGGGAUACGGAUCAUCAAGGAUGUCAUGGUGUGAUGACAGCAGGGAGAAUCUGAUUCAGUUUGAAAGAAAACCCUUGGUGCUCAGAGAGGAAGUGAUCAAAGCCAACACUCUCGUCAGGGAAGCCAACCAGUUGAGUGAGGAGAUGGGUAAAGAAACAGAAUUUGCCGUGACGCUUCAGAUUCCAACAUCGAGUUUAAGUUUUGGCCGGAGCAGACCUGGAUUCAGUAGUGAAGUUGCCAUUGUUGUGAAACACAAGUCGAAAGGGACACAGAUUUGGUCCCUGGAGAAGUUGUCCAACAAAAUCUACGACAUGAGAGAUCUCUACAAUCAGUGUGUUGAAGACGAUAUUCCUUUCUCCGAAACGGAUGAAAACUUGGAUCUGUUUUUCGAGGUGGAGUGCCACACCCUGAUCGGUGUAGCUAACGUUUUUCUUGAGUGUCUGUUACACGACGUGAACCAUGAGUAUGCAGCACCGAUCAUCAGUCAACAAGGAGAGGUUUGUGGCCGGCUGAAGGUCGAGGUUUCUAGGAUUUCAGAGAAAGCUCAGAAGAAGAAGUCUAGAGAGGCUGAAGGUGACGCUGGAGAAACCUCGAGCGACGAAGAGGACGAUUUGUUAGUCAUACAUGAUGAUAAUGGUGAUGAUGACGAUGAUGAGCUGGUCAAAGGCUCGCAGAUGCAUGUAGAGGUCAAGGUUGUUGAAGCUUAUGACCUGCCCCCAGCUCUGUGCAAUUACGUGUUCUGUCAGUACAAGUUUUGGAAUGACGAUAAUACCAUUGUGGUACCCCCGAUCAAUGCCAGUAUUUCUCAGCCGGGGCCAAAGACAAACACGAUGAUUUUCGAGCAUAAGCAGUUAUUUGACAUGGAAGUUACGGACGAAUUCGUCGAGUAUGCAUCAGAGGGCUCGCUGGCCAUUGAAGUCUGGGGAAACCGAAUGAAAGGAUUUGAUUCACAAAGUAAAGUAAUGCUAAACUGGAACGUGGAACCUCAGCAAAAAGGACUUCACGACAGGUGGGGAGAACUUUUACGAAAGAUGCAGCUCUGGGUGGAAAUAUUGGAAAUUAACGAUCAAGGGGUCUAUGCACCAGUAGAACUACACAUUCAAAAAGACAAUCUAACUGGUGGAGUAUUCCAGCUUCGUCAAGGCCACUCGAGGCGAAUUGUUGUGCGCGUUCAGCCUGUGCCGAGGGCCGGUUCUCUUCCGGUUGUGUGUGACAUCAUUUCCGCUGUGUACAUUGGAAGUGUUAGUAUGAGAACCAAGAAUCAACAACCGCUGGACAGCUAUCAAGAGAAAGAUCUUGCUAUUCUGCGCGAAAAGUGGUCCACUUCUCUGAUGAAAAGACGAGAGUAUUUGGACGAGCAAAUACACUCCUUAAUCGACAAACAAGACAAAUCAGCGAGCGAUAAAGAGCGGGAGAGCUGGAUGAUCGACCAAUGGGUUUGUCUCACCGAGGAGAGGAACGCUGUCCUUGUUCCGAUACGAGGAAGUGGAAUCCCCGGUGCUCCGCCUCUUGAAGGGACUGUGCCCCUGGGAAUGGAGAAGUACAACCCUGUUAUCUUUCUGGAUUUACAGAAUGAUGAUGUGAGAAGCGGCUGUAUGGAAGAAGGAGGCCCAGCAGGAGUGGAUUCUACUUUGGUGUUCGAAAAUUCCGACCACAUGAUGGAACUACCGAUUAUAAACUACGAUCAGAAGCAGGUUUCUGCCACUGUGUUAUGGGAUUCGUCAAUUCACGACUCCGUGUUUCUUAACCGUGUCACGCAAUCACAUGAAAGAGUUUAUCUGAUCUUGAAGAUCAUCGUUCGCCUCGCAAGUCCAAUCGCGAUGGAUCUGGUCCUUCGGAAAAGAAUUUCAGUCAAAAUAUACAAGAAACAAAGCUGGAAAGACAGUUUGCUGAGAAAAAUUACAAAGGAUAUCAUAACACGGUCUGGCGUGACGUACGAACUUGUUUCACACAUUCCACGGCAACCGGGAGAGGAGACAGAAGAACGCGAGAGCCUGGCGCAAAUGGCUGCAUUAGCUGUGGGGGAGGGGGAGGAGGAGGAUGAAUCCGUGUUGAGAAAGUACAGCAAAGGAAUCUCACAUGUGGAAAGUUUGUUGGCACUCGAUCGACUCAGACAGGAAGUUAUGGUGAAGGAGAAACUGGCGGCCAUUGGAAAGCCCUUGAGGAAAUUCGCCAGUACUCCAAACUUGGCAGCUGCGUCGGGGGACCUUUCGUUCGGGUUCAGUGGAAAAGACGAUCGAUUUGAUUCACCAGAGAGUCACAAACUUUGGAAUACAAGGGCUAACAACAGAAGCGAUUUUGUUCUACCGGGGAGUUUCACAGAUCCUCGGCCAAUAAGACCAACGAAGGAGGAGAUUUUACUUGACCUCUCACAAAUGAAUGAAAAAUUCAGCUCAUCACCCACUACAUCAGGUGUUGUAUUGCGGAAUUCAGGAGGCGGAUCAUCUAACUCACGCCCCAGCUCCCUUCUCAUGGAGCUUGAGCCUCUAGAAGAGGAUGAAUCUACUCCCGCACCGAGCCCUCAAGUCAGGAAAAAUCCCAAGGCUUUGUUCGACUUCCAAGAGACUACAGGCCAAGGGUCUUCUGAAGGAACAGUCAGCCCCCUUUCAGAUGAACUUCGGGAACGUUCAGGUAGCGCCGAUACGCUAACUUGUGAAGAUCCCUCCGCGCCGACGCCAACGCCGACGGCGUCGGGUGAAGAUUUAUCGAAUCCGCCAGUACAGGCAAACGAUUUCAAAUCGAUCAGUCUGGAAAAUAACUUGAUAGUUUUUGCUUCCGAGAAGAGCAGUGCGAAGCCAAGUGUGGGGAUAACAUUACGCGGUUUAGAUGACGCUCUGGACGACGAAGAAGACGAAGAUGAACUCUCAUCGCUUCUCACACAAACUCAGGUAGAGGGGGAACCAUUGGAACUACUAGGAGAUAGCGAGGAGCAGAAUUCCAUUCCACACGAAAAGUCAAACUCUAGCAGUCGAGAGGAUCUACUGGGUUCCUUCGAGGGGGAGGAUGUGCACGAUUCGCUGGAUUCCUUGGGGGAUUUGAAAAAGGGGCAGGUUAUUUGCAUCGGAGACAAGAAAACUGGAAGGAUUAGAUAUAUUGGACCAACUGAAUUUGCCCCUGGUGUUUGGAUUGGUGUUGAAUUGGACACCCCCUCAGGAAAAAAUGACGGGUCUGUGAGUGGUCAGCGGUACUUCGCCUGUAAGCCUCGUUAUGGAUCCUUUGUAAAACCCGAGAAGGUAUUUCCCAUCGACUCUGUCAAGCGCGAACCAGCCGACCAGAAAGGCUUAGGGCGAGCCAACAGCCCUACCCAGAGUCCCGUGGUUAUGAGAAAACAAACACGUGAUAACCGACGUAAGAAUGAAUGGAAAAGAAAAUCAAACAUUUUAUUUUAAACAACUUAAUUUGUUGUAAACCACAGAUUAGAGACAAAGUUGAGGACAAUUUUCGGAAGACUAUCAGUCAUAUAUUUUUAAUCAAAACUGUUCCGUCCGGAAAACAAGCAAUCCGUAUUCAGGAAUUUGGAAACCAUUUGAAUUUAUACAUAGGAUGUGGCAAAUAGUGGACACACUGUUUGAAACCUUUUUAAUUCUCAGGUAUAUUUAGUAUUAUUCAUACAAUUAGAUGUAAAAUUAUUUCUCGUGCGGUAAUUUUGCUCUCGGAGAGAACCAAAAAAACAUUUUUGAUAAGUAUGUAGCUACGCUGCGCGCGCUGCGGGCUCCGCUAUUAGUCUGGUUUAGAAAUAAGACCUCCAGAACGUUGCGAAUCAACCAGAAAAGACGAUUGAUGGCCAGAGAUGGACAGGUUUAAAAUCGCAAACUUAAGUCGGUGGAGGCGAACAAUAAGGGUGAACAGAGAUGGUUAAGAAUGGAGAAGAUUCACUCGGGCUGAGGAUAAUGAACUGGAGAAAUGUAAAAGGAAUUUUCCAACAUUCACCAUUCGUGAGGAGCUCCUUUUGUUUAGGUUAAAGUGUAGAAACUGCUGGAAAAAUUAGUAACGUAGACGGUUCACAAAUUGCAUUUUAUCGACUUUAAUAAUCAUUUCUUAUGUGCCACAACGUUAUAUACAUUGGCAGAUCUUAAGUAAUUUUGACGGAAUGUUAGGAGCUCCAAGCUUGAAAUGAACAGAAAUGAGAUUUAGAAUUACCCGCAAGUAAAUUAUGAAUUGUACAGUUUCGAAUUCGAAUACGCGGGAAUCAGCAGUCAUUUGUGAGUGGGUAAAAUGCAGGAAGAAAUUAAGACAUGUAUUUAUUUUAAUAGUUUAAAUUUUUUGUAGCGAUUUAUAUUUAAACAAAUGGGUCUGGGCUCUCCUUGACUAGCCUCAUACACCCAAGUAUUAAGAAUACCCCUCGGGUAAGAGGACGCUGGUAUGCCCCAGGGGGACAACGUCCUAUAAUUCCCAGGGGUAGAGAUAUAACCCUGAAAACAGUAACUGCUUUUGGUAAGGAAGGGAAGGGAGUUUGUUUGUGGGGUGGGGUUGAGUGGCCUAAAGCCGUUGUUGUCCAGAAUGUAACAAUUUUGGAGUUACAUUUUGACAUUACACCAACGUUUUCAUACACUGCCUUUCUCGCACUCCGACGAGAGAGGCAGGGAGCUGGAUCGAGGUUUGAUCAGAAUGGCGAAAGUUUAGAAGUGAGGGUCACAGACUUUAAGGAGAACAUGGAAUCGGAAUUCCCCUUCCCUCUUAAUAAUUCUGGAACUAAGGGAACGUUUUAUACCAUAACGAAGGUAAAUUUUAAAAAAAUAUCUAACAACGCCGAUGAAUAAAAGAAUUUAAUAUA